CUUCAUCGUUGUUCACACCGUGGAUCUGACUUUCUGUUGUGCCUUCUCAUCGCCGCUGCCAUCAUGCCUGGACGUGUAGUUGAGAAGCCUCAGAAGAGGGUGCUUACCGACGCCACAAAUACACAUAAUGCCGUCAAGUCCCCUUCUUCCGCAAAGAAGAGAAAGCUCAAUGGCAAUGGACCCAAUGUCUCCUUUCACUCCUCUCAACAUGGCCCGAAUGGCGUCAAGUCGAAGCUGGGCUCUAGCCAGCCAAAGAGUCAUUUUGAGACGGAAGUCCUUGAGAAGAUGACCCAAGAUAUCACAGGCUUAAAGGAGAAUAACGCAGAGAGAGACCAGCAAUGGGACAGACCGAGCCUGGAUGACUUUGACCCCCAGAGAGACGCCCUACGCUUCCAGCAGAUUGAGAUUGAAGAAGGAUCAUUACACGGCGGCAGGGUCACACUGAAGAUGUUUGGUGUUUCUGAGACCGGACACUCCAUUCUGCUCCAUGUGACUGACUUCCUCCACUACAUCUACGUGGCAGCGCCUGUCAACUUCCAGCGUCAUGAUGUCGAAGGCUACAAAGCCUACCUCGAAACUCAACUGGCGCAACACCAGCCUGUGAUUCAUUCCGUGCAGAUGGUGCUACGAGAAAACCUAUAUGGCUUUCAAGGCAACCAGAAGAGUCCAUACCUGAAGAUCACAGUCAAUGAUCCAAAGUUCAUCAACAGACUAAGAUCGGCGAUAGAAGAUGGAAAUGCCAAUUACAAGGGAAUGUGGAAAGGGGUGGAGGAUAAGAUAUUGACCUUUGACAAUAUCCAAUAUGUCCUGCGUUUCAUGAUCGACACUGGCGUCGCUGGCAUGUCUUGGGUUGAGGUUCCUCCUCAGAAAUACCAUGUGUUGCCGCAACAUGACCGCCAAUCCAACUGCCAAGUCGAAGCAUAUUGCCACUAUCGAGACAUGAUCUCACAUGGACACGAUGGAGAAUGGUCAAAGAUGGCACCGUUACGAAUAUUGUCCUUUGAUAUCGAAUGUGCUGGUCGAAAAGGUAUCUUCCCGGAACCAAACCAGGACCCGGUCAUCCAGAUUGCAAAUGUUGUCACCAGAUACGGCGAAUCGAAGCCGUUCGUACGGAAUGUUUUCGUCCUGGAUACAUGCAGUCUGAUCGUCAAUACGCAGAUCUACGAACACGAUUCUGAAUCAAAGAUGUUAAUGGCCUGGAGAGACUUCCUGGAGAAAGUCGAUCCCGACGUAAUCAUCGGCUACAACAUCGCGAACUUCGACUUUCCCUAUUUGCUUGACAGAGCAAAGCAUCUGAAGCUGCCAAAGUUUCCCUACUGGACGCGGCUCAAGAGUGUCAUGUCUCAGGCCAAGGACACCAACUUCUCCAGUAAGCAGAUGGGUAACCGCGAUACGAAAGCAACAAAUACAAAUGGACGGAUUCAAUUGGAUCUCCUGCAACUGGUCCAGAGAGAUCAUCAACUACGAAGCUACACUCUCAACUCUGUGUGUGCUCAUUUUCUUGGAGAACAAAAAGAGGAUGUGCACCACACCAUGAUCACUGAGUUAUUUAACGGCACUCCUGAUUCAAGACGACGAUUGGCUGUCUACUGCUUGAAGGAUGCCUACUUGCCGCAGCGCCUUAUGGACAAAUUGAUGUGUCUGGUCAACUACACCGAAAUGGCCAGAGUUACAGGCGUUCCUUUCAACUAUCUUCUUUCUCGUGGCCAACAGGUCAAAUUCAUCAGUCAGCUAUUCCGCAAAGCAUUGGAGCAGCAGCUAGUCAUCCCGAAUCGCAAAUCCGAGGCUUCAGAUGAACAGUAUGAAGGUGCCACGGUCAUUGAACCCACUCGCGGUUACUACGACGUUCCUGUUGCAACGCUUGAUUUUGCAUCUCUGUAUCCGUCAAUCAUUCAAGCCCACAAUUUGUGCUACACGACACUUCUGAACAAGAACACAAUUGAGAAACUCAAUUUGAAGAAGGACGUGGACUACAUCCAGACACCCAACGGGGAUAUGUUCUGUACUUCUAAUGUUCGAAAAGGACUGCUUACCCAGAUUCUGGAAGAAUUGUUGGGGGCCCGUAAGCGAGCGAAGAAGGAGCUUGCAGUGGAAACAGAUCCCUUUAAGAAGGCCGUGCUCAACGGUCGACAGCUCGCUUUGAAAGUUUCAGCAAACUCGGUAUAUGGUCUGACUGGUGCUACAGUCGGAAAACUGCCUUGUUUAGCCAUCGCUUCGAGCACGACAUCCUAUGGUAGGCAGAUGAUCGAGAAAACAAAGAAUGAGGUGGAAUCCAAGUAUACCAUUGCUAAUGGCUAUUCGCAUGACGCACAAGUCAUUUACGGUGAUACCGAUUCAGUGAUGGUGAAGUUCGGGGAGAAAGACCUAGCAAAGACUAUGGAGCUUGGACAGGAAGCCGCUGAUUAUGUUUCUGCGAAAUUCAUCAAACCCAUCAAAUUGGAGUUCGAAAAGGUCUACUUCCCCUAUCUACUCAUCAACAAGAAACGGUAUGCUGGCCUCUAUUGGACCAAACCAGAAAAGUUUGACAAGAUGGAUACCAAGGGUAUCGAGACUGUUCGACGAGACAAUUGUCGACUCGUGCAAAUUGUCAUUGAGACAGUUCUGAAGAAAAUCUUGAUGGAUCGCGACCUGGAAGGUGCACAAGACUAUGUCAGAGAGACCAUCUCCAACCUGCUUCAGAACAAGGUAGAUCUCAGCAUGCUGGUCAUCACCAAAGCGCUCAGCAAGAGCGAUUACACUGCCAAACAAGCACACGUCGAACUUGCGGAGCGCAUGAAGAAGCGCGAUGCCGGCUCCGCUCCUGCGCUAGGAGAUCGCGUCGCGUAUGUCAUCGUCAAAGGCGCCGCAGGAAGCAAGAACUACGAGAAAGCCGAGGAUCCCAUCUUCGUGUUGGAGAACAACAUCCCUAUCGACACGAAGUACUACCUGGAGAACCAGCUGUCCAACCCGCUGGGCCGAAUUUUCGAGCCUAUCCUCGGUGAGCGGCGCGCGAAUUCGCUACUCGCCGGCGACCACACGCGCAGUAUCAGUGUCGCUGCACCGACAUUAGGCGGACUGAUGAAGUUCGCGAAGAAAACACAGACGUGCAUGGGGUGCAAGAAGCCGCUCGUCGGCAAGGAGGAGAGCAAAGGUGCAGUGUGUGAGAAUUGUCGGCCGCGCAUUGGCGAAUUGUAUACCAAGCACGUCAAGAAGGUCGGCGAGAUGGAGGUGCGGUUUAGCAGGUUGUGGACGCAGUGCCAGCGGUGCCAGGGGAGUAUGCACAGCGAGGUCCUCUGCAGUUCCAGGGAUUGUCCGAUCUUUUACAUGCGCAUGAAAGCCAGGAAGGAGGUCGAGGAGGCUGGACGGGACCUUGCCAGGUUUGAUGAGGACGUUGGUGCGAUCUGGUAGGCGUGGAAAGAGAGAGCGAGCAAAUCGAGGGUGGACAGCGUAUGCUGCGUCUUUUCAUCUGACAGAAAUCAACGUGCGGAUGUGGUCUGGUCAGUAGGAGGGUCUAGGUCACUGCAUCUAUUAUCAAAGGAGAGCCAUUAUAGAUCUGAGGAUCAUUAGAGUCUGAAGAAAGACAAGACUCUCAUGAAGUAGCAUUUACUGUAUUGGGUAUCUGUGGGCUUUAAUGUUAAAC